AUGGGGCAACUGUUGUCGCACCCACUUGUGGAGAAGACAAUUGAAUACAAUCAAUUCUGGCAAGAAGCUAAACCGAAAGAAGUACGUGGUAUUCAUAGACCGCACUUCUCUGGUCGCUCAGAAAGUUUCAACAGUAACAAAUCAAAUCAGGGGGAACGACGUUCGCUUCAAUUUUUCAAUUGUGUUGGAUCAAUGCAAGGCUAUAGGUUAACGCAAGAAGACGCACACCUUGUAGCCAAUGGAGAGAGUUCAUUGAGAGUUCACUUCUUUGAUCCGUUCCGAGAUAGAAGAGUAGAGUUAUCGCUGUCGAUUUUUGGCAUUUUCGAUGGACAUGGGGGUGAUGAGUGCUCGAAGUUCGUAAGUGGGCAAAGAAAUGGUGAUGAGGGAAUACGGCGAUGGAUCGCAUUUAGCUUCGAAAAUCACAAGUACGGAUCCAAGCAUAAUUCAAACAAUCGCAAUUCUGUGCGACUUUUCGAUACUAUUGAUGGGCUAAUAAGUCAAAUUCUUAAAGACGCGUUUAUCCAUCAGGACAAUGAACUAUAUAGCCAUCUUGGCAAGCUCAGUUGCGGUACGACUGCCGUUUUGGCGGUGAUAAUCGAUGGCAAAAGUCUGUACGUCGCCAACGCGGGUGACUCGCGGUGCAUCCUUGCCACGAAGGGCAAAGGCGUCAAGACGUUGUCGUUCGACCACAAGCCACAACAUAUUGGUGAGCUUGUGCGCAUCAAUGACGAUGGUGGAACUGUAUCACUUGGUCGUGUUGGCGGAGUUUUGGCUCUAAGUAGGGCGUUUGGCGACUUUCAAUUCAAGAGUGGAGUCCCUUUCACGCGGCGGUCUCAAAAGAACACCUCCAAAUUUACAACCCCUCCUCAAGAGUCACAAGUGACAGCAGAGCCCGACGUUGUGCCGCAUACUCUAGAUUUCGAUAAAGAUGAAUUCUUAGUAUUGGCUUGUGACGGUAUAUGGGACGUUUACAGUAACAAGAAUCUUCUUCAAUUCGUCAAGUUUCAUUUGACACUUGGCUUGAAGUUUAACGAAAUUGUGACGAAGCUCUUAGAUCAUGGAAUUGGCUCUGCAGACAGUAAUACUGGCGUAGGGUUUGACAAUAUGACACUGAUCAUUGUCGCAUUAAAUAAACCUGACGAAAGCCUGGCACAAUGGUAUGCAAAGAUGAAAUUGCGUCUUGAAAGGGCAAAGGGAAUUACUACGUGA